GUAAAGUUUAUCCGUAAAAAAAAAAAAAGAAUGGCGAAGAAAAAAAAAAAGGUCUCAGCCCCAGAUAGGCCGUUCCUUCUCGACUGACUCCGGGGCUUCUCCGAUACGAUCGGACUAAACCAACACUCUUCCCCCCGGUCCCCGACAUGAACUGCGCGGCGACUGCGGUCCGGUUCCUCCGGCUGUGUGCGCCCUGCGCCCGGACGCUCCCGGCGUCCUGUGCCGCUCCGGAGCUCCGACGCGCAGGCUCCAGGGCCGCCGCCUUGAUCCGGAGAUCCUCAAACGUCCAGACGACGAUGACGGGGACGACGGAGAGGGGAGGCCUGAAGACCAUCGACGACCUGCCGGGACCCCGUCUGUCCACCACUCUCUACUGGAUGAUUUUCAAACAGUUUGGGCACAAGAUGCACCUAUUUCAGGGUGUGCAGAAGGGUCUGUACGGGCCCAUUUGGCGCUCCAAGUUCGGCCCACUCGACCUCGUCAACGUGGCCAGUCCGGAGUUCAUCGCGCAGGUUAUCCAACAAGAGGGUCGCUACCCGGUCCGCAUCGAGCUGCUGCACUGGAAAGAAUACAUGGACCUGAGAGGACAGGCCUACGGUCUGCAUGUGAGCAAAGGACCAAAAUGGUACGAGAUCCGCAAAGUUUUAAACCCCAAAAUGCUGAAGCUGGGGGAAGUGUCGGCUUUUGCCUCCACCAUCAACCAGGUGGUCGGAGACAUGCUGCAACGCGUUGAGCUCCUCCGCAGUCGCAGUCAGGACCAGGCCACGGUCUCAGAUGUGGCUGCCGAGCUCUACAAGUUUGGCUUCGAGGCUGUCUCAGUAAUCUUGUUUGAGACCAGACUUGGCUGCCUGCAGGAGGAGAUUCCCCGAGACACACUGCGAUUCAUCGCCGCCGUCAACGACAUGUUGACGCUGUCUAAUACAGUGAUUAUUUUCCCACGCUGGAGCCGCGGCAUCCUCCCCUUCUGGAAGCGCUUUGUCCAGGCUUGGGAUGAACUCUGUGGCAUAGGCCAGAAACUCAUCGACAGGAGAUUGGCCGAAAUCGAAGCCCAGGUGCGCAGCGACCAGCCGGCGGAGGGUCUGUACCUGACCUACCUGCUGUCCUCUGACAAGCUGACCCGAUCCGAGGUCUACAUCACCGUCACAGAGCUGCUGCUCGGAGGGGUCGACACGACGUCCAACACCUUGACGUGGACGCUGUACCACCUGGCGAGGGACGAGAGGGCUCAGGAGGAACUGUACCGGGAGGUGAACUCAGUGUGUCCUGACAGGCGGGAGCCGACCACAUGCGACCUGAGCAGGAUGCCCUACCUGAAGGCCGUCAUAAAGGAGACGCUACGCCUUUAUCCCGUGGUGCCCGGAAAUGGACGCUUUGUUACAGAGAAUGAGGUGAUCGUGGGUGACUACUGGUUCCCAAAGAAGACUCAGUUCCAUCUGUGUCAUUUUGCAGUCUGCCAUGACGAGGCAGAGUUCGCGGAUGCAGAGCAAUUCAUCCCGGAGCGCUGGCUCCGCCCGGGGAUGUCCGGUGACGCCUCGGCACGGCCGGCACCUGGCCUGUACCGGCACCAGCCGUACAGCUUCAUCCCGUUUGGUGUCGGCGUGCGAGCGUGCGUGGGGAAGAGGGUGGCGGAGAUGGAGAUGUAUUUCGCCCUGUCCAGGCUGAUGCAGCACUACAAGGUCCAGCCAGAAGAUGACGCCACCACCAUACAGGCUAAAACUCGAACCCUGCUGAUCCCUGAGAAGCCCAUCAACCUGCGCUUCCUGGCCAGAUCCGAGUUGAGUAGUGGAAGUCAGUGAACGAUAACAUGAAAAAUAGCAGCUAAAACCCUUGCGGGGUGCACACUGGCCCCCGUCAGACGAUGGGUGGGAAAGAAGCCUUUUUACAUCACUUUGCACCGAUUUGUCUCCGGAGUCUUUUAUUUCGUGUUCUCAUUUCCUGUCGAAUUAUCCUUUUUAUUUACCACUUUGAAACCUGUUUCACAUUUCAGACAGCGCACUCGGAAGUUCUUACUUAUUGCUAAAACUAUCAUUUGGCACAUAUUUGCACAAGAAAGAAGAAAAAAACUUUUCAUAAACAGAUAAAAAUCAUCUUCAAGUGACUUUAUAUUUUCCAUUUGCUAUAAGUGCAAAUCUCUCCAACUCACUCAAGUCGGCUGCAACUGUCGGUCUUCAUGUAAACCAGUGAAGGUGCCUUUAGCUCUAUGCUACCUAAUCGUAUUAGAGGCGCUGCAAAGCUUUAUGUAUUUUAUUGGUUUAAUUAUUAUUAUUAUAAUUAUUAUUAAAUCAUGUAUAAUUCCUGCAUUUCAAUUUGUGUUCGUCUGAAUCUGUGUCCACUGUCUUAUCGCUGCACUCUCCGCAUAGUUUUGUGAUCACAGCUUGUGCGCUGCUCGCCCAGAAUGAAGCUUCGCUUGCUUUAUUUUAUUGUAUGAUUAACUUUCAAUACUGACACAUUGGCGUAUGAAUGGCAUGUUACCACACUGUCAAUGCAUGACAAUUCAUUGUAUCUUGUAAGGCGUGUUUUUUCACAUCAAAUCUUCAUCUGAAAUGUGUGUCCAUAUUGUUGUUAUUGGUACUUUUAAAUGUACCACAAAUAUUGUAAUUGUGUCAAUAUGUACAGUAAAAAAGAUACAUCCCA